CUUUUUUGUUAUUGCAUUUGUGUCAAGUGAAAAAAUUUGCGCUGAGCUGCUCCAGCAAAUUAUUGAAAGCAAAAAUAUAUAAAAACUACGGAUUCCUUAAUCGAAAAUCGCAGAACUGCCUACAAUAAUGGCGGAUCCAAAGUUCGAGAAUUUGCCUGGGAUUGCUUAUGACCAACCCGAUGUGUAUGAAACGCCCGAUAAUCCUGAACCAGAAACCUCGGACUACUAUGAAGAAGAGCCGGAGAAUGAGUCAAUCGAGCGCAUGCACAUUUCUACGCGCGACGCCUACAAUCGCUUCCGCGGAGCUACACUUGAUGGUAGUGUCGAUUUCUCGGAUCGCAUUGGCCGGCGUUUAUGCAAAGGCUACGAUGCACGCGCUGGUGAAUAUGAGCUAGUUGGCGUGGGUGAAAAGGAGACGCCAGUGCAAAAAUGCCGGCGACUGCAAUGCGAAAUGAACGAAUUGAUGGAUGAGGUCGCAGCACUCCAAGUGGAUCGCAAGAUUGCACAAGAAGAGAAGGAGUCGUACGAUGCAGUGGCAACUGUUAUAGCAACUGCUAAGAAAGUGCUGGAUUCGUUACGGUUGGAGCAGGUGUUGGGUAAAGAGCAAGUCUCAACGGCAGCUGACAAAGAAGUGAAGCAAUUGAUUGGUCAAGUGGAGGAGUUCAAGAAAUCUGGGCUACUAACCGCAAUACCAACGCCUGGCACUGAUUUGGCCGCCUCUGCGCGCAUUGCUAAACUGGAGCAUCGUUUGCACCAACUGGAGCAAGCAAUUGGCGCACAACCGGAAAAACUCAGUCGCCUUACAGCCGUAACGAACACCUCAAACGUAUUAGAAGCUGUGCAUCAACUUAGCACAAAAGCAGCUUUGCUGCAAGUUGACAAACUGGAUCUCAUCGAAUCACGGCUGGCUACACUCACAGGCAAAAUGGAUGCUAUAGCUGAGAAAUCGAGUGGUUCGGCUGAGGAUGCGAAACGUGAUCAAAAAGUUAUCGAACUCUAUGAUAUUGCGAAACGUACGGAGCCUGUAGCUGAAAUACUCCCAGAUAUUAUUGAACGUAUGCAGGCGCUCGAAGCUUUACAUAAAUAUGCUAUGAACUUUGCUAAAAUUAUCGCUGAGAUUGAGGAGAAGCAAACUACGAUAACAACCAGCCUGGUGAGCAACAAAGAAUUGCUGCAUUCAGUACAGGAAACAUUCGCACAAAAUCUAGAAACGAUAAACAAGGAGGUGGCUAAAGUGGACGAGCGUGUGCAGGCAAUUACGGGCAAAAAGUAAUUCUUACUCGGGGUCAAAGCUCGAGGCAUUAUACACGCUGAAGCAACUAAUAUUGAGUUAAAGACAGAAACUAACUUAUUUAAUUUGCUAAAAUAUUCUCAUUCAUAAGCAAAGUAUUGAAAUAGUCUUUUUUUAAGUUAAAGUUUAGCUGUGAAUUUUUUGAAAUUUUAAUAAGUUUUAAACCAGCGUUGUGCUGCAAAACCACUAAUAAAUGUGAAUAAAGAAUAAUGUGCUUUAAGCUGUUGGACGUUUUGAUAGGAA